AUGGGAAAGAGCAACCACACCAAUGUGAAGGAAUUUGUUUUCCUAGAACUCACUCGCUUCCGGGAACUGGAGAUUUUCUUGUUUGUGGUCUUCCUUGCUGUAUACAUUACAACCCUGCUGGGCAACGCCCUCAUUGUGGUGACCAUCACCUUUGAGUCCCACCUCCACACUCCCAUGUACUUUCUCCUACGCAAUAAAUCAGUCCUGGACAUUGUUUUUUCAUCAGUCACUGUUCCCAAGUUCCUAGUGGACCUUAUAUCGGAGAGGAAAUCUAUCUCCUACAAUGGCUGCCUGGCACAGAUUUUCUUCUUCCACUUUGCUGGUGGGGCAGAUAUUUUUUUCCUCUCUGUCAUGGCCUAUGAUAGAUACCUGGCCAUCUCCAAGCCUUUGCAUUAUGUGACCAUUAUGAGACGAGAGGUGUGGUUAGGCUUGGUGGUGGGUUCUUGGGUGGGUGGUGCUCUGCAUUCAAUUGUCCAAAUCAUUCUGAUGCUUCCUCUUCCUUUCUGUGGCCCCAACAUCUUGGAUGCCUUCUACUGUGACGUACCCCAAGUCGUUAAACUAGCCUGUACUGACACCUCUACUCUAGAGCUUCUCAUGAUUUCAAACAAUGGGCUAGUGACUCUACUAUGGUUUCUCUUGCUCUUAGGAUCCUAUACUGUCAUUCUCAUGAUGUUGAGAUCUCAUUCUGGGGAAGGGCGGAAGAAGGCCCUGUCUACAUGCACCUCCCACAUCCUGGUGGUGACCCUUCACUUUGUGCCUUGUGUUUAUAUCUAUUGCCGGCCCUUCACUACAUUACCCAUGGACACCGCCGUGUCCAUUAAUAAUACAGUCAUCACUCCCAUGCUGAACCCAAUGAUCUACACGCUGAGGAACCAGGAGAUGAAGUCAGCCAUGAAGAGAAUGCAUAGGAAGCUUGGGCCUUCUGAGAAUAGUAAACUGGGGUGA